UAACUACAAUAACAACAACAAGAUCAAUAAAAGCUAGUAGAAACUAAUAGAAAAGCAAAACAUCAACCAACAAAUGAACUCAAAUCAACUCAGCUCGCCAAAGCCUCGGUUCGUCGCGCAGCCACAACUCACUUUCUGUUCAUUCGAAUUGUGUUGUGAUCGAAUUUAAUUUUUGAUUCAAUUCCAUGAAUGAAUAAUCGGUGGAGUAAAUGACUGAGGAACUGAAUUGAACAAUUGACAACAAUACAUACACACAUGCAUACAUACAUACGAUAUUUAAAAUUGUAUACUUUCAUCGGACCAACAACUAGCCGCAGCCGCAUCAGAAACACAAACAGCACCACCAUCACCAGCAGCAGCAACAGCAGCAACAGCCACAGUCCACUGUUAAGUUAACGCCGAUAGUUGCAGCAGUUGGCAUUCGACAGCUGUAGAGACGGUUGCUAUGAACAACACCACUGUCUAUCUAUCACAGAUCAUUCAGUUUCGGUAUUUUCGGUAUACCAGCAUUCCGAUUGCGCUGUCGUCAUUGCAAUCAACCAACCCUUCAGGCAGCUGCGUCAUCUGCCGCGUCGUCAUGGCAUUUGUGUCGGGCCCUAACAGGAACCAAAAUUAAGAUUUGGUGGUGGUUGUGGUGGUGAUGCCGAAUAUUUAAGUGCAGUGCUACUGGAGUUUGUGCGCGUGAAUUUGACUACACUUUCGCUUUUGUUGCAUGCAGCAUGCAGUUUGUGUGCGUAGUACUUGCAUAAGUAAAGGCAGAAAAAAGUGUUAGUGUGAAAUAAUUGAAAAAUAAGUUUAAAUUGGUAAAGAAAACUAAAUUUAAAGUGCUAUUUAAUCGUAGACUCGCGAGCGUAUGUAUGUGUGUAUGCGCGUACUCGAAAAUCACCAAGUGCACCAACAUUCUAAGUGGAUUUUUUUAAUUUGUUUUUUAUUGUCAGUGCCUAUCUACUGUUUUUUGUUUUGUUUAGUGUUCUUGUUAGCCCGGAGCGAUGCGUAUUUUAAGCACCGAAUUACGUUUACGCGUUAAAAAUCGCAAGCCGCGUCCAUUCAUGCGUGCGGCGAGUGCUGACGCCACCGUCGGUGACAGUCGCUGCAGUGUAAAUCAGGCCUUCGACGAUGCAGAUGGCGGUGGUGCGGGUGGUUCUUUUAGCAGAGACAGUGCCAUCAGUUCUCCAUCCACACCUAAUUCCUCACUUUCUUCACAAUCGAAUCUUGUUUGUGGAGGUGGUACACCAUCGCCAAAUACACCCUCUCCUGCCACACCCACUUCUCAACAAUCCGCCAAUACACCGCUGAGCGGCAAUAGUGCGAUAUACCAAACCCCUGGCAGCGGAUUUGGUGUCUCACCAUCUGGACAUAAGAACAGUUUGAAGGGUACGAAGUUAGCGCGUAGAGCGCGCUCUUUUAAGGACGAUCUAAUCGAGAAAAUCUCCAUGAUUCGCACACCCAACAACACUUUGGGAAGAUCCCAUUCCCCACAUAGUCCGCGUAGCAAGCCCAUGAAACCCCCACCGACCGCCGAAGAGGUAGCCAAGUCUGCCAGUUCGCUGGAAAUGCAUGUCAAGGAUAUUUCGAAUGCUCUAAAGCACUUCUGCGAUGUUAUACUCAAGUCAAAGCUCGAGGUUCUGCCGGGCAAUGCAACCGUUAUACUUGAGACCAUCGCCAGCAUGUACACUGUUAUACAGUCCUACGCAUUGGACAAACAUAGCACCGUCCUCUUGUCGGCGACACAACAAGUGUAUCAGUCGCUUGGUAAAUUGGUGAAGCUCUGCGACGAGGUAAUGCUUAUCUAUGCAGCGCGACGAAGCGAUGACGAAGGCGGGGAAGAUCAGGCGCAAGAUGAGCAUCAACAACUUAAAGCAUUGCUCAGUGAAGAAAAUGUGAAGGAGAUUGUUGAUUUGCUGGGUGAUGCGGUGCGAAAUUUGGCGACACUGGCGCAGCAAAAACUGAAAGAGCGCGAAGAGAAUGCUUUCAAGUAUGCACCAAGCAAUGCGGACGCAGCUGCAACGGCCAACAACGCUGCCGCGUCACACAAUAACCUAAUGCGACUGCCGGUGGAAGUUGCUGGUCAACGUACAUCGCUGCCGGACAUAACGCUAACACCGAAAGAACGUGAUAUUUUGGAGAAAACCAACUCAAAUCCCAUACGCGCCUCUCACAGUACAGAGAGUAUUCUGCGCGAUACGAGUCCACCACCUAAACCGCCGCUACCAAAUAGACCACCACCGCUGCCGCCCAAACGUCGUAGUCAACAGCAACAACAGCAGAAUUCACAUAAUAAGAGCAUCAACUCGGACUUGGAUUGGAGUUCUGACAUUUCGCUUGGAAACUAUGGUGUUGAUUACAAUCUUUCGGUGCGUUCACAUUCACCGGACGAAAAUUCUAGUCAAUGUUCGCUCGAUUCGGAAUUAAAUCAUUCACGCGAGGAGGAGGAGCUGAAGUCAUUGGUGUUAGCCAAUCGUCUGAACGAGUUCAAACCACUCAUAAGCGGUGGCAAACGUGCUGCGUUGAACAAUAAAGUAGCUGGCAACAAAACAGUUGGCACUAUUGGUGGUGGAGGCGUUAGUAGCGAGUCCACCAACACACAAGCACAAAGCGUUGUCCUCGAAGAUUCCAAACGUGCUGCCGGCACUAGCGAUGACGUAGAUGAAUGUGAUUUCACACAAGCCGGCAAUGUCAAUAGCGGCGCUGGAGGCGCUAUGGAUAAACUGGAAAUGCGCAAAAAUAUUAACAAUCGUCAUUCCAAUGAAUCGGGCUUCGUCUCCAUGACGUCGGUGCGCACCUCAGCGCAGAGCGUUUCGAAACGUUCAUCAGAUUGUGGUUUUCAGUCAUCUACCAAGUCUAGUUCUAACUCAGAAAUCGCUUUUGAUGCCAUUGAAUCGUCGAGUAGUGGGGAAUUUCACACGCAAACGCAAGAGUUCCACCAGCAAACGACGUGCUUAUCCAUGACGAACACGAUAUCGUCUACAAUGAUGACUACGUCGAACAGCAUCAUGAAUAAUAUGUCCACAUUGGCGCACGAUGCGCGCUCAAUUAGCAAUACGAGCAGCGUGAGUCCCGAUCACUAUGAGAGCGGCGGACUUAUAACGGAACGUUCAGUUCACACCACCAGCAGCGCUAGUCAUGUGCAAUCGUCGUUUUCGUCGCUGGUGAAGGCUAAUAGCUUGGACACUACUUCAUCUUCGGAUGGUGGCAUGGGUUCGCAUAGUGAUCUAGUGCCGCCAGCAUUGCCGCCCAAAACGAGUCGUAACAAGGAUGCACGCAUAUUUUCUCAAUAUGAUAAUUUCGAUGAAAUCGAAGAUAACAAUAGCGAAUUAGCCGAGCUUCGUCCCCACCAUCACUAUAACAGCAAUAGCUAUAGCCAGCAUAAUCAACACGCGCUGCAACAACAUCAUAAUCAUCAUCAUCAAUAUCAGCAUCACGUGUCGCAGUGGCAGCAAACGAAACAUCAAAGUCUCAUCGAUUCACGACGUCUGGGCGGCGGUUUUGUCAGCAGUUGCACGACCAUGGGAAGUAUUGGUGUCGAUAUCAGUAGCAGUGGCGGUGCGAGUGGCACUGCGGAACAACCGCCGCCGCUACCCAUCAAGAAAAAGCACAUUUGGGCGUAUAUGGAGCUAUGUCAGGGUCCCAACCGGCCACUUGGACGCCAUACAAUGCAUAUGUACGAUUUGACGGGGAACAUCUCACACAGCCAAACAAUGAACAUUGUGCCACUACCAAAGGACUUAUCGCCACCGUCGGAGCAGGAAAUGCCGCCCGCACUCCCACCAAAGAACUACAAACAGCAACGCAAGUCGAGCGCCACACCGCCCACCAUAAUCACUACGCCACCGCCUAGUCCGAAGCCCGCACAUUUGAGCGCCAGUGCAGAUGCUGAGAAUGGGCGGCCAGCGCGUGUGCUGUCCGCCACACAAGGCAGUGAAAUGAUGUCAACCGUCUGUGAAGAGCUUAGUGAUCUUACCGAAGAAGAGCAGGCGUCACUGCGCCACUCGCAUCAGUUGCCCAACGAGAAUUGUAGUAGCCAUAUGAGUCGUCGACAUUCACCACUGCGUCGAGCAGACACACACGAAGGUACGCCGGGCUGUAGAUCUGAGAGCGCUGGGGAAGAUCAGCUGCUAGAGCAUAGUAAUUUUGGUGAUGAUAAGUGUGGUGAAUUGCAAACGGUUUCACAGGAGGAGUUGCCAAAAAUGCUGGAGGAAAUUGAUGUGACCAAAUAUUUGGUGCUGAAGAGAAAAGACGAGGAUGGGCCGGAAGUGAAGGGCGGUUACGUUGAUGCAUUGAUCGUGCAUGCGAGUCGUGUGCAGAAUGACAAUGCUUUCAUUGAUGCCUUCAUCACGACGUUCCGCACCUUCAUACAGCCAAUCGAUGUGAUCGAAAAGCUAACACAUCGCUAUACGAUAUUCUUUUGUUGCCAAAAUGACCAAAAGCAACGGGUGGCCAGGGAGACAUUCUCGCUUCUAAUGAGAGUAGUGGAUGGUUUGACGUCCAUGGACCUGACAGAUCAGCUACUGUCGCUCAUCGUGGAAUUCAAUUACCAAUUGGUAUGCGCAGGCCAAUUAUAUUUAGCAAAAACAUUGCGCAGCAUAUUUGUGGAGAAGGUGACUUUGUUCAGAGAACAACGUUUGCCACCACCCAAAGCAGAUAUGCACAUCACAGUCACCAAUCAACCCAGUCUACUCGAUCUCAAAUCAGUGGAAAUUGCCGAGCAAAUGACGCUGCUGGAUGCUGAUCUAUUUCAGAAAAUCGAAAUACCUGAGGUAUUGCUCUUUGCCAAAGAGCAGAGCGAAGAGAAGUCGCCCAAUUUGAACAAGUUUACCGAGCACUUCAAUAAUAUGUCCUUUUGGGCGCGUUCGAAAAUUCUUACUUUAUGUGAUGCCAAAGAACGUGAAAAACAUGUUAUUAAAUUCAUAAAAAUUAUGAAGCAUUUGCGUAAAAUGAAUAAUUACAAUUCAUAUUUGGCAUUGUUGUCAGCGCUCGAUUCAGCGCCCAUUCGAAGACUGGAGUGGCAUAAGACUAUUACUCAAGACAUAAAAGAAUACUGUUUGCUGAUUGACUCCAGUUCCAGUUUUCGCGCGUAUCGAACAACAUUGGCUGCAACAAGUCCGCCGUGCAUUCCGUACAUUGGAUUGGUGCUGCAGGACUUAACAUUCGUACAUGUUGGCAACCCAGACUAUUUGAAAGAAGGUGUGGUUAAUUUCUCCAAACGUUGGCAGCAAUACCAUCUAAUAGAAAAUAUGAAGCGUUUCAAAAAAUGUGAGUACAAUUUCAAGCGCAACGAACGCAUUAUACGCUUCUUUGAUAACUUUGAGUAUGAAUUGGGAGAGGAAGAGAUGUGGCAAAUAUCAGAAAGCAUAAAGCCGCGUGGCAGGCGGCCUGUACAAGCCUAAAGUGCACAAAGUGUAAUCACAUUAAAUCCACAUAUCCUGAUAGAAUACUCAAUGAGGCGGUAAAGAAGCAGCAGAGAACCCACUUAAACAUAUUUGAGGAAUAUUUAUCAAGAACCUGUGCACAUUCGAGCCUGGAGCAUAGCAUUUAAUAAGCAGCAAACGAGCAAAUAAAACAAAAUAAAAAACAUAAACAAAAAAAGAAAAAGAAACCAUAUUCACAGCUAUUAAAUAGUAAUUAAAUAUUUCAAAGCACAGUUAUAGAUUACACCACUUGCUAUCAUAAUCACAUAGUGAUAAUCAGCAUCAUGCACUCAUUGAAAGCACCUACAUAAUUCAAUGCAUCAAAAAAAGCAAAAACAAAAAAAUAUUUAAAAACUGUGAAAAUUGAAAAUUUGCACAACAGUUUGAAAGUAGUGGUAACAUUAAAUAUAUUAGCAAAGUCAUAAUGAAAAAUUAAAUCAGCAAAAAAUAAACUAGGAAAUAUAUAUACAUAUAUUAAAUCAAUCGAUGGAACAACAACAAGGCAAAAAACCAAAACCAAACCAAAAUGCACCGACACAAACACAACGAAGUUAUAUGUAUGUAUGCAUGUUUUUGUACACCCAACCAGUUUUAUGUGAAGAUAUUUAAUUGUCUCUUAACUGCAAUGGCCAAUCUAUAAGAUGAUGGUGCUUCAACUAAACAAGCAAUCAAGAUGUAUGUUUUUAUUAUUGUAAAGCAACUACAAAUCAACGAUUAAUAUUUGAACCGUCAAAAACUUUAUUAAGAAAAUGUGAGGGUGACCGCUUAGCGACCCAUAACGAAAGAACUUUAAAAGUUAGCUUUAGGUUUUAUGAAAGUUGUAACUAUGACUUUUGAGAAUUAUCUACCUAUUUGAUUUGAAUGCCAAUUUGUUUUGCUGCUUAAAUAAGCCUUUAAUGAAAGUCAUUGCUAAUGAUUACGGAA